CCCCCCCCGCCGUCCACUCGUCUGCCGCGCCACCUCCGCCCGCGCGUCACGCCAGCGCCGGCUGUUCCCGCGGUCUGUUCGCGCAGAACCGGAGGAACUCGCCGCGGUUUUGGCACUCGCGACCUGCCGGGGUUUGAGGUUUCCAUGAGCUCCCGUUCCGUAGCGCUUCUGCCGGCCCGUGCUUCCGUCCACCCACAACUCUAGCGGCGAGCUCGGAACGACGGAGCAGGGGGGUCGCCGGACUGUCGAGGUUCUUGCAGCACAGGUUCCAGCUUGGUCGAAAGGACUUGGGAAGCGGCGUUGAGACCCGGUUAAUUCCCGCAGAAGCACGCCCAUCAUUAUAGUUGGGUUGGUUGAUACUGACCGCGCCUGGGGGAGAGAGAGGAGGUGGCGACCAUGGAGGGUUCCAGCGGAGGUGCCGGCGGCGGCGGCGGCGGCUCGGGAUCGCCGCCGCCGUUCCUGAUCAAGACCUACGAGAUGGUGGAGGACCCGGCGACCAACCACGUGGUGUCGUGGGGCCCCGGCGGCGCCAGCUUCGUCGUGUGGAACCCGCCGGACUUCUCGCGGGACCUGCUGCCCAAGUACUUCAAGCACAACAACUUCUCCAGCUUCAUCAGGCAGCUCAACACCUACGGUUUUCGGAAAAUUGAUCCUGAGAGAUGGGAAUUUGCUAACGAGGACUUCAUAAGGGGACAUACGCACCUUCUGAAGAACAUCCACCGGCGCAAACCAGUGCACAGCCACUCCUUGCAGAACCAGGUGAACGGGCCAUUAGCGGAGUCUGAAAGGCGGGAGCUUGAGGACGAGAUCAACAGGCUCAAGUACGAGAAGAGCCUGCUCCUGGCGGAUCUCCAGAGGCAGAACCAGCAGCAGUAUGGGAUCAACUGGCAGAUGCAGUCGUUGGAGGACAGGUUGGUGCAAAUGGAGCAGCGGCAGAGGAAUAUCGUAGCCUCCCUGUGCGACAUCCUGCAGCGGCACAGGGUUGUCUCAGCCUCAAUGCUGGAGACAGACCACUUCAGCAAGAAGAGGAGGGUUCCAAAGAUCGAUUUCUUUGUGGACGAACCUGCGGUCGAGGAGCAGCAGGUGCCGUUCCUGCAGACACUGGGUGCAGAAGCACCAAGCAUGUCUCCGGGCCACCUCUUAAAUGCUGAGCCAUUUGAGAAGAUGGAGCUGGCCUUGGUGUCACUGGAGAAUUUCUUCCAGAAGGCGGGUCAUGGGUCUGCUGAAGAGAUGUACGGUGGUGCUGCUGAACCCAGCCCUGAUCUGACUCUAGGAGAGAUGAAUUCAGCACCAAUGGACACUAACAUCAAUCAACAGUCAUCAGAUGGGCUGAAUCCCUUUUCUUCGACCACAGAGCAUGCUCAUUUCCCUUCUUCCUUGGCAGAAUCUCUGAGUUAUGCGCCGAGUCCAAUCCUGACAUUAUCAGACAUCAAUGAAGAUGCCCAUAGGACAGCUGAAGUCGAUAUGAACUCUGAGACCACAACCGGCGACACUUCACAAGACACAACCAGUGAAACGGAAGGUCCCCGUAUGCCGGCCAAGGUGAACGAUGUAUUUUGGGAGCGGUUUCUCACAGGAGAGGCCGAGUCAGGAAGACAGCACGCUGACGAUAAAAGUGAGGCAACUGAAGCAAAGGAAGAUAUAAAGAUUGCCAUAAACUGCAGUAGUCUUAAUCACCAAAACAAUGUUGACCAGAUCACUGAGCAGAUGGGCCAUCUUGAUUCAGCUGAGAAUGGCUCUGAUGUAACUGGGGAUGACUGAUAUCACACCAUCUGUGCUGAUCCAUAUUCCAUUUUUAAAGCAACUGUGCUGUACAUUAUAGUUUAGGCCACCUUAAAUGCCAUGAUAGUAUACCUAGCUUAGUCUUUUAUAGCAUUUCCUACUGUAAAAGGUAAAUUAUCUGCUGACUUCUGUACAGUAUGUCCUUAUGUUUAAGUUGAUUCUGUAGAGCUAGAGCAGCACAGAUUCAGUUU